AUGUCGAUAAAGAGAGCAUGUCCUACGGGGUGGAGCAUGUUGUUUGAAGUUGAUACAGCUGGAGCAAGAGCUCAAACGUGUUGUCGUAAUUGUGAGUGUUGCUUUGGAGGUUCUGGACAUCGACGUAUGCAGGCAAAGCAGCAUUUACAUGGGAAAGAACUACUGGCUUUGUUGGCCAAAAAUCAGCAGAAUGGGCCAGCGAUUAAGCACAGAUUCUAUACAGCUGAGACUUUUGUUGCAGUAGUUCAAAAGUAUCCAAACUAUUGUCAAAAGAUAACGGUGAUGUUUGGGAUUGUACUGCCGCAACUACAAGUGUAUCGAUGGCAUUGCUUGAAGUUAUCAAGAAGAAUCGUUUUAGUAAGAUCCUCAAGAACAAUAGCAAAAGGUGCAAUAGUUGUAGUUGGUCAACAAGCAUGUCUGGUAAUUAUAAGGCUUACCAUAUUAUUUUUUCACCCUGAUUACAAUGAGGCCCAAUACGUUCUCACUGCUUUACAAAACAUUCAAAAAGCAAUUUCAUCAGCCAAUUUACAAGGCCAAAUCAAGGUCUCAAUAGCAAUAGACAUGACUUUGAUCGGUAAUUCCUAUCCUCCCAAGGAUGGUGUUUUUACUGACCAAGCAAAGUCAUAUAUACAACCAAUCAUCAACUUCCUAGUGAGCAAUGGAUCACCACUUCUUGCAAAUGUGUAUCCGUACUUUGCUUAUAUCGGAAAUGAACAAAACAUUCAUCUUGACUAUGCUCUUUUUAACCAACAAGGAAACAAUGACGCUGGUUACCAAAAUCUCUUUGAUGCGCAGUUAGAUUCAGUAUAUGUUGCACUUGGGCAAGUUGGAGGAUCCAGUUUGCAGAUAGUUGUGUCUGAGAGUGGAUGGCCGUCUGCUGGUGGAGAUGGAGCCACAACUGUCGACAAUGCUUCUACAUAUUAUAAAAAUUUGAUUAAUCACGUAAAGAGUGGGAAUGGGACUCCGUUGAAGCCUGGUACAGCUAUUGAGACUUACUUGUUUGCCAUGUUUGAUGAAAAUCUGAAGAAUGGUGCAUCAACUGAGCAACAUUUUGGUCUCUUUAACCCUGACAAAUCACCUAAGUAUCAAAUAAGUUUCAAUUAAUUAAACAAAUAAUUCAAAGAAAUACGUAAUGUGUUGAAU